AGCGCGGCUCCAUAUUGGAUCGGACUUCUUCUGAGAAAUACGCUGCUCGGUCGGGCAUAUUAUCUGAUACACCGACAAGAAUCUCACUUUACGCCUAGGCAUGAGGACUAGCAGCCGGCAAGUACCACUGUCACGAGCAAACCUUCCCCAGGACUCUGCUUCUCUGAGCGGCGUCGUUGCCUCCGCGAACGCCGUUAUUAAAGGCGCUUAGAAAUUAGGUUAACCGCGCACCUGAGGAGCGGCUGGAAAAGUGGCAUGCAGAGUGAGGAACACACACUUGGACUGAGAUAACGUUGGCAUAAUGUUUACACUCACAGAGGUUGCAUCCCUGAAUGACAUCCAGCCGACGUAUCGCAUCUUAAAGCCAUGGUGGGACGUCUUCAUGGACUACCUGGGCCUGGUCAUGCUCAUGUUGGCCAUAUUUGCAAUGACCAUGCAAAUCACCAAGGACCAUGUUGCUUGCCUUCCUUGUCCUGAAGAAACGGGUGGGGUUUCAGAAACUGAAGCUAAUCUGUACUCCACCCAAAAAGGAUCCUCUCCAACACCCACCGGAGCCCCUGUUACACCUACAAUCCCUUCGGGCACUAUGGCACAGUCCAACAAAGCCAUCACUGGUAUUCUCACAACGCAUCGGCCUGCAACAGCAGAACAGAAAACAAAUCCCCAACCUGAACCCAGAGGGGUUAAAACCAACCUGGACUUUCAACAAUAUGUCUUUAUCAAUCAAAUGUGUUACCAUGAUGCCUUACCCUGGUCUUCCAAGUACUUUCCAUACCUUACACUUAUUCACACCAUUAUUCUCAUGGUCAGUAGCAAUUUCUGGUUUAAAUACCCCAAGACAAGUUCAAAGAUUGAGCAUUUUGUCUCUAUUCUGGGUCGGUGUUUUGAGUCGCCUUGGACGACGAAGGCUUUGUCUGAAACGGCGUGUGAGGACUCUGAGGAGAACAAACAGAGGUUUACAGGCAGUUCCUCAGGACCAAAGCAGGUGUCUUUAGAGGGGAAGGAGGAAAGUCCCGACACCAACCCAUCCACACCAAUGCUUGGGGUCAAGGUCUCUGCAGAUAAACCCAUUGCGGAGGUCCCAAGCAGCAUGACCAUCCUGGAUAAAAAAGACGGAGAGCAGGCCAAAGCCCUGUUUGAGAAGGUGCGAAAGUUCCGAGCCCACGUGGAAGACAGUGAUUUCAUUUACAGGCUCUAUGUUGCUCAAACCUCUGUCAAAACUGUUAAGUUUAUUUUGAUCCUGUCCUACACUUCCACCUUGGUUAAAAUAGAAUUCAAGCAUUAUUGUGAACCAGACAUAGAACAGCUAACAGGCUAUAAAAAAUUCUACUGUACACACAACAUGGCUUUCAUGCUGAACAAGCUGCUCUUUACCUACAUGGUGUUGAUCGUAAUCUAUGGAAUGACAUGCCUAUACUCCCUGUUUUGGGUGUUCCGACGCCCUCUGAAAGAGUAUUCCUUUGAGAAGGUGAGAGAAGAGAGCAGCUUCAGUGACAUUCCAGAUGUCAAGAACGAUUUUGCGUUUCUACUGCACAUGGUCGACCAGUACGAUCAGCUUCACUCCAAGCGCUUCGGCAUCUUUCUGUCGGAGGUCAGCGAAAACAAGCUGAGGGAGAUCAGCCUCAAUCACGAGUGGACAUUUGAAAAACUAAAGCAGCAUGUCACGCGCAAUGCACACGACCAGCAGGAGCUGCACCUCUUCAUGCUAUCCGGCCUGCCGAACGCUGUAUUUGACCUGACAGACCUGGAAGUGCUGAAGCUGGAGCUGAUUCCAGAGGUGAGAUUUUCUGCCAAGGUUUCCCAGAUGACCAGCAUGCAGGAGCUGCAUCUGUGCCAUUGUCCGGCCAAAGUGGAUCAGACCGGUUUUGCCUUCCUACGGGAUCACCUGCGCCGCCUGCACGUCAAGUUCACGGAUGUCGCAGAGAUCCCACCUUGGGUCUACUUGCUGCGGAGUCUGAGAGAGCUGUACCUAAUGGGGAACUUGAACUCAGAAAACAACAAAAUGAUCGGCCUGGAGUCCAUGAGGGAUUUGAGGCAUCUGAAGACACUAUGCCUGAAGAGUAAUCUCACAAAGAUGCCGACAAACAUCACUGAGCUCUCCCCGCAUCUCCUUCGACUGGUGGUGCACAACGAUGGGACGAAACUGCUGGUGCUGAACAGUCUGAAGAAAAUGACGAGCCUCAUUGAGCUAGAGCUGCACAACUGUGAACUGGAAAGGAUCCCUCAUGCCAUCUUUAGCCUGACCAACUUGCAAGAACUCGACUUGAAGUCCAACAACAUCAGAACUAUAGAAGAGAUCAUCAGCUUCCAGCAUCUCAAGAGGCUGACAUGCCUAAAGCUCUGGCACAACAAAAUCAUCACCAUCCCAGCAUCCAUCGGCCAUGUCAAGUCCCUGGAAUCUCUCCACCUUUCUCACAAUAAGCUGGAGUCCCUUCCUUCAGCCUUGUUUACUCUUCCCAAGCUGCGACACUUGGACGUGGCCCACAACUCCAUCACAGUGCUUCCACCUGACGUGGGCCUCCUCAACAACCUUCAGCAUCUGGCCAUUAAUUCAAACAAGCUGGAAGCCCUGCCCAAACCUCUCUUCAGAUGCACCAAGCUGAAGGUGCUUUGUCUAGGUCACAACGCGCUCACCAGUCUGCCAGAGACCGUGGGUCAGCUGGUGCAGCUCACACAGCUGGAGGUCAGAGGGAACUGCCUGGACAGACUGCCUGUCCAGUUGGGAAGCUGCCGAAUGCUGCGGAAGAACGGCCUCAUCGUGGAGGACCAUCUUUUUGACACCCUGCCAGUGGAAGUUAAAGAGAGCAUCAGCAGAGAAACAAAUGUUUCCUUUAAUGGUUUAUAAAACAAGAUCCAUUUAAAAGGCACAACUACAUUUCUGGAAAUGUUUGCAAAAAUGGGGAAACAAAUUUAUUAUUUACAAAAAUGAAUUAAUUUACUUGAUCAUGUCAGAGGAUAAAAUUGGUUGCUAACAUUAACAUUAGGGGUGCACCGAUAAAUUAGCCCUGAUUUCCUUAAUUUUGGGAGAGCAGUGAUUCUCCAACAUUUGCACGUGAAGUCGAUCUCAUCUACCUCGGCAAAGGUCUAGAAAUCGAUCACUGUCCUCUUAAGAGGUUUGACUAACAGACCGGCCCACCAGGCAGUCAAUAGUCAGUUCUCUGUUGCCAACUUUGCAACUUUCUUGCUAUAGAUUUAGCAACAUAUGAGACACAAAAAUUAAUACCAGCCAAGAUUGUCAUCAGCAAGUCAAGCUUUUAGAAGAUCGAUAAUCUGCGAUUGACCUGAAAACUGCAAUCGGUGCCACCCCUGAUUAAUCUAGCUUUAAAGAGGCAUUUUUGUUGGCCAGUGCAGUAACAGGCAAAAGUUGUUUUUUAUUCCCGUUAAAUUUAUAUUAAGAUCUUAAGUGAUCGACCAACACAGAGUAAUGUAUGAGUAUUUAGUAACAGAUAAAGGAGACUGAAUUUUUUUUUACAUUUUUUUGUAAACAUUUGCAAUUUACAUGACAAAUGGUAAUGAAGACAUGAAUGGAUACCAAGUGUUGGCUUUUUAUUAGGGAUGCACCAUAUAUUGGUAUUAACUGGGCCAAUAUCAGAUUAAAAACAAAGCAUAAAAAUCACUGUCAAGUCCUGACGCAAUAUGUUUAAGCUCAUUGUUUUGCUGCUCCAGGAUCGAGUGUUUUCCAUGUCCAACAAGAUUUCCUCCAGAUUAAUUACUAACAAUAAAAUAAACAUGUGACUGAGAGGUUUGACUGACUGGGACUCCUUUCUUGCCCUGUCAGUUUUGAAAUCCAUGUCUAGGUAGGUUUGCAAUUGUGCCAUGCUCUUUUCCAAAUGAAGAAUUGAUUGAAGUUAAAAGUUUGGGAUAUCGAUGUAGAAACUGUUUAAAUGUCAUCGUUCUUCCUGACCAGUCUGUGUUCCCUGGACUCCAGAAUACUAUUUAUUUACUGAUAAACCUCAGAGGUCUUCACAGAACAUCUGCAUUAAUGCUUGAAUAAAAAGCAUCAGAAAGCAGGUGGUUGCAUUAGACAUUAUUUAGGGGCAUCAGAGUAAAGGGAGCUGAAUACAAACGAAUGUCAUCCUUUUCAGAUUUUUAAUGAAAGAUAGUGAAAAUCAUGCACUGUUUUGUAUCAUGCAUGUUAUAAUUUCAAAAGAUGAGCUCUGGAUGUUAAAAUUUUAAAAUGCUGUAAUGAGAAUUUAUUGCAGAAUUUUUAAUUGGAGUAGAUAAUAUUUUCUCUGCAUCCAGCUGGAACUGUACAAAUGUAAAUACUGCACCUAAACUUAAAACUUGUCCCAUCAGGUUACUUCAGUACACCAACUAGUGAUUUUACUGCAGGUCAGUGAUCAGAACUUUUUAUUUUUGUUCCUUGCAUCUAUUAAAGCUGCCAUGUAACCAAGAGUAGAACAGAUGAUGAAAGUGAAACCAUUUGUCUCCAUGAACGGCUACCAAGUGUCAUGGUAUAUUGCACCAUAGAUUGGCAUUACCUGGGCUGAUAUUAAUAACUGAUGUUUUUCCUUGUUGCCGUUUGUGUUUCUUGAGGAGAAGAUUGGCCAAGUGAUGUUCAGUCAUGUGUCAAAAGGGCAGGGAAAUAUAUUGGGUAAAUGUUGGUUAUUGGCCAUAAAAAUAAGAUAUCAGGAAUCCAUAUAAGUCCAAAUUUUCAUAUCUGUGCAUCCCUGAUUUUUGUGUUGUCCAAAAGUUAGAUUUUAUUGCUAGAAGUUAAUUACUUUGAUUAAAAAAAAUUCUCUGAUAAACAUAUCCCUAUGAUGUUUCAUUUUAAUGCACUGUGUGUUGGUCCAUCACAUAAAAUCCUAAUGGAAUACACUGAAUCUGGUGGUAAUAGGACAGAAUGUAAAGGGGUUGAAAAGGUGGAAAUAGUUUUGCAAGGUACUCGCAUUAAAUUUUGUUGUUCAUAGCUUUAAGUCAUUGGGGCAAAAUCCCCCCCAUAAAUGUAACUUUAUUCUCUUUUAACCAAAACCAUUUGCUCCAAUGAUUAAAUGUAGAUUUGUUUUAAUAGUCUUUGUAGAUACUCAGGUAUAAAUUGUAACCAUGGGGAAUAAUCUUUUUUUUUUGUUUUGUUUUGUUGCCUUAACUGCUGCUAUAUUUGUUUUUCCACAGCAAAAGACCAAAAAUGAAAUGGAAUGUUUUCUUGUCUGUCUGCUUUGGCAGAGCAUUUUUAUUUUAAAUUCUCUUCGAGAAGUAAAAAAAGAAAAAAAAUCUCAGCCCUCCUAUCUUGGUGGUUCUUAACUGGUUUCUCAUAUUCUUGCAUAUUUCUGUAGCGGACUGAAUGACCUGAGAGUUGUAAAACUCAGGACUAGAAAAAAACCUUUACCUCACUGUUGUAGAGAUUGUACACAAAGGCCUCUGUGGUUUGUACCUAAAACCUUCAUGAUGUAAAAAAUGAAUGUCUCUUACUGAUGGCAUGUUUAGACUGAGAACAGAGCUGAUAAAAGGGAAACAUGUUGGCUCUAACUUUUUAAAUCGUGUUUUCAUAUUUUAGCCUGUGAUUGAGAACGAUCAUUAGCUCAGUCACUGAUGAUGAUGAUGUCUGCCUUCACUCUUUAAGUGUACCUCUUUGUAACCCUGUAAGUGUUCUUCAGAGCUCAUGUAUCAUGUUAGUCAUCUCAUGCUGCAAUUUGAUUUGGCAAUAAAAAGAAAAUCUACA